ACCACAUCUCAAAUCGGAAUUUGAUCACACUAUUAGUAAAGGCAAUUCUCAAGCAUUGUAAUUCGGUGAAGCAAAGAGAGGAGUCGAUCGGGAGUGAUGGAAGAGAUUAUGAAUAAGGAAGACGAUGUUCUUCUCCCCGGAUUCCGAUUCCACCCCACCGACGAAGAGUUGGUCAGCUUCUAUCUCCGGCGAAAGCUGUCCAAGAAGCCUUUGAAUAUAGAGAUCAUCAAAGAAAUAGAUGUCUACAAGUAUGAACCAUGGGACUUAACAAAAACCAGCUCGACCGGAGAGGAGGCUUUCUUCUUUUGCCGAAGGGGGAGAAAGUAUAGGAAUAGUGUAAGACCAAACAGGGUGACCGGCUCCGGCUUCUGGAAGGCCACCGGCAUCGACAAGUCGAUAAAUUCAGUUCGAGGCGACUGCAUAGGCCUGAAGAAAUCCCUUGCUUACUACGUCGGGAGCGCGGGAAAGGGGGUCAAGACCAACUGGAUGAUGCAUGAAUUUCGCCUUCCUUCGGCGGCCUCUGCUCCUACUAUUCACAACGCUGAAGUUUGGACGAUAUGUCGAAUCUUCAAGAGGCGCAGCAGCCCCUACAAGAAGCAGCCAAAUUUCCAAAAGGCACCGGACAGUCACAGGCAGUUGGAUACUGAUGACCAUCAAGUGCUAUCAUCAGACUCUGUAAAUGGAAAGAGAGAUUUGAUCAUAAAUUAUGACAGCCAAUUCUGGGAUGUUCCAUCUCCAUUAUUAGAGUGGUGUCCUGAUAAUCGAUUGAUGGAUACUCCAAACAUAGAUGAGUUUUGCAGCAGUUUAGGCGGGGAUCAUUGGGAUGAACUAGCAAGUCUGAUGGAGUUCCUGACAGAUUAAUGAACAACUCCUUUAAGAGCAUUUCUAAUUUUUUUUUUUUUAAAAAAAAAAAUUUAAGUAAACCCUGAUUUACUUAUUGGGUAAAUCCAGAGUAUAAUAUAUACAUACUCAGAAAUUCAUGUUUAGAAUAUUCAUCCCCAGUGAGAUUCUAAUUAUGAUCCUCUAGUUGUUAUGGAUCACACUUGACUCGGUCAAA